AUUGUUCAAGAUGGGUCGACAGACACCUUCGCGGCAGAGAAAUUACUCCAUCUCGUCUGAAGUGAGCUGCGAAAAGUUCUCAACUCUGCCUUGUUCUGCCCAUUUUUCAAUUGACUCUUUCCGGAAAAAAACCAGCAGUGAACAGUUCAAAGGUUGCAAAGAUGUGGUGUGUGGCGAAAAGGUCGUUCGACCAGCAGUAGAAAAUCGAGGUAAAAUCGGCGAUGAAAAAUGGCGCUUUUGGCCCUUGGCGCAGGCAUGUCUACGGCAAUGGCUGGACUUUGGGCGCUGCCCCUGCUGAUCGCGGGAAUCGCCUACCACCGCUACGAGACCCUCGACCCCGAGUCCAGGGUCAUCGACGCGUCCAACAAGAUCAAGGACGAGUACGACUUCAUUGUGAUUGGCGGCGGCUCGGCUGGGGCGGUCGUCGCAAACAGACUGUCUGAAGUUCCUGAGUGGAAAGUGUUGCUGAUCGAGGCCGGGGGCGACGAGACGGAAAUCUCGGACGUGCCUGGGCUGGCCGGCUACCUGCAGCAGAGCGAGCUGGACUGGCAGUACCAAACGUCGCCGUCUGAAACUUCGUGCCUGGCAAUGCACAACCGGCAGUGCAACUGGCCCCGCGGCAAGGUGCUGGGCGGCUCGUCGGUGCUGAACGCGAUGCUGUACGUGCGGGGCAACCGGCACGACUACGACCACUGGGAGCGCCUGGGCAACCCUGGCUGGAGCUACGACCACGUGCUGCCUUAUUUCUUGAAAUCCGAGGACAAUCGGAAUCCGUACCUGGCCAAGACGCCGUAUCACUCCACGGGCGGCUACCUGACCGUGCAAGAGAGUCCCUGGCACACGCCCCUCGCCCUCACCUUCCUGCAGGCGUGCCACGAGCUGGGCUACGACAACAGGGACAUCAACGGCGAGUACCAGACGGGCUGCAUGAUCGCGCAGGGCACCAUCCGCAGGGGCUCCCGCUGCUCCACGGCCAAGGCCUUCCUCAGGCCGGUCAAUCUGAGGAAAAAUCUGGACGUUUCCCUCAAAACCCUUGUCUCCAAGAUUAUUGUUGACCCAGUCACAAAACAGACGUUGGGCGUGGAGAUUUUGCAGAAAGGCAAGGCCAAGCGUGCAGUCCAGGUGCGCAAAGAGGUGGUUCUGAGUGCCGGGGCCAUCGGCUCGCCGCAAAUCUUGAUGCUUUCAGGCAUUGGCCCGCCAGAUCAUUUGGCCCGCUUCAAAAUUCCCCUGGUGCAAGCUUUGCCAGGCGUCGGCGAGAAUCUCCAAGACCACAUUGGGCUGGGCGGCCUCACGUUCAUCAUCGACAAACCCUUCACGUUCACAAAGGAGCGCUUCCAGACCGUGCCAGUCGCCCUGGAGUACAUUUUGAAUGAGAGAGGACCUCUGUCCACGCUGGGUGGAGUCGAAGGACUUGCAUUUGUCAACACAAAGUACGCCAACCACUCCGAGGACUUCCCAGACGUGCAGUUCCACUUCGCGCCGAGUUCAGUCAACUCUGACGGGGGCGAGCAAAUCCGGAAGAUCCUGGGAAUCCGCGACAUCGUUUACAACACCAUGUACAAGCCGCUGAUCGGAUCGGAGACGUGGACGAUCCUGCCGCUGCUGCUGCGGCCCAAGAGCGCGGGCACGUUGCGACUGCGCAGCCGCAACCCCCUGCACCACCCCAACAUCCGACCGAACUACCUUUCGCACCCCGAGGACGUCUUCACGCUGAUCGAGGGGAUCCGCAUCGCCAUGCAAAUCUCCAACACGACGGCCUUCCGCAAGUUCGGCUCGCGGCCCCACACCAUCCCCAUGCCGGGGUGCAAAAAGUACGCGUUCGACACCGAUCCGUACUGGGAGUGCGCCCUGAGGCACUUCACCUUCACCAUUUACCACCCCACGGGCACGUGCAAGAUGGGCCCGGCGCGCGACCAGCUCGCCGUCGUCGACCACGAGCUCAGGGUGCACGGCGUCAAGGGCCUCAGGGUCAUGGACGGCUCCAUCAUGCCCAUGAUCGUGUCCGGCAACCCCAACGCCCCCAUCAUCAUGAUCGGCGAGAAGGGCGCCGACAUGGUCAAGAACGCGUGGUACCAUUCCAAGGAGGACGAGGACAUUGACGAGUUGACGCAAAUCGUCGACUCGGACGACAACCAAAGUGUCAAGUGAUUAUUUAUUAACAUUUUGUGUAAAAAAAAACGUUGCUGGUGAAAAUUGGACUUGCAUGCGUUCUUGCUUGGGAUUGUUGCAGACUAUCAAAAGUACGUUAAGUUGUGCGCCUUGAAAUUAAAAUUUUAUAAAAUUGGAAUAUUUAAAGAAAACACUGCUCAAAUAAUUUAAGUCAAAAUUUCCUAACUUGAACAAAAAUGCUCAUUAAUAAAAUUUUAUUUAAAAUAAUUCACUGAUUCAUAAAGUUCAGUUUUGUAUAUGUUAAAACUUUUCAAAUGUGGUUUUCACCAUUUUUUGUAAAUUCAUCUCCAUACCAAUUGUAUUCAGUGCUCAGGCUUUGGUUCAGAGUCGUGCCUGCUCUCACUCGCAGCCAUAUUACCAAAAGGCCAUUCAUCCAUCGAUCAGUCGAAAAGUGUUGUGCUCGCGACAAAUUUUGUGAAUUGCUUUCUCAUCCGACAGACGAUUGUGCCAAGUUGUUGAUGCGCGACGGACGGAUUGUGAUGUACAGCCGAAAGUGUUAAUAAAUUUCAAACAUGGCUCCGUAUUUUGUACGCUAAGUGGGCAUGAAAUCCGCUCCGACAAUAAAUCAUUUAUUUAAUCAUAUAGACAAAAUUUCGCCUGGCAAAAAAAUACCAAAGGGGGCGGGUCCAGAAUGAGCUACUGUUUGUUUGCAAAUUUGAGGUUUCGCCGGUCAUAAAUUAUGCAAACAAAGGAAGGAAUUAUUUCUGUCUUUGGUCUUGGGAAUUACGUAAACGCAUUAACUUUCUUCCGAAAGUAAAAGUGAAGAGACCUUCCUUCCUUAAUUCCGAGACAAUCGUGCAGAGCUCGUUUUGAUUCAAUUUAUAUUUAAUCCAGAGUGAUUUAGUGCGCUCGAGAUGAGAAACCUUGGAUCUUGUUCCUGAACCGAACAUGCAAAUGAGCAUAGGUGAGACGAAGAGAGUGGCCUUGGGCGCUGGGAGAAGAAAGUAUUCCAAAGACCAGCGCCGCAUUUCAGUGAAGAAACUGCACAAAUUUAAUUGAAAUGCAGAAAUAUU